AUGGACGACUUUAAUGACGAAGAGUUAGUUGGACUAGUUUUACAACUAGUUGGAGAUGUUUUAUUUUUCUCUUCGUCGGAAGAUAGUGAGGAUAAUGAUCAUGGCUUUGAACUUGCAGUACCGUUUGUAACUGCCAAAAAUGCAAUACCUAGAAUGGAAAAUUAUGUCGAAAAAAUUGUACCUCAGUUUGACGAUGGACAAUUCAAAUCCCAUUUCCGAAUGCUCCCGGAAACGUUUGAAUUCAUAUUGAAAAUAAUUGCACCAAAAUUGGUUAGGAAAAAACCUGGCUGUCCAACUAUUGAACCUAAUAAGCAGUUGCUCUUAGCAAUUUGGAAAAUUGCAACCCCGGAUUCAUACAGGUCAAUUUGUGAAAAAUGUAAUGUGGGGAGAGCAACUGCGUUGAAAUGUGUGAGAAGAGUGGUUAAUGCUUUAGAAAUUCUAGCACCGGCUUUUAUUGCAUGGCCUGAUGAGGAAAGAUCAAUGGUCAUUAGAAAUGGAUUUUUUGCCACCAGUAACUUUCCUAAUGUCCUCGGAGCAAUAGAUGGAACCCAUAUUAAUAUUCCUGCACCUCAUGAUCGUCCAGAGUCUUACGUGAACAGGAAAGAUCACCAUUCGAUUCAACUUCAAGCAUAA